GUAAGAGGAGGACGUACGUUUUUCUUCUCGCAGCUCUUUGGCCCGAGUCAAAGAACUUCAGGUUCUGUCUCUCGAGUUCUCCUUUUCAAAGAUUACAAAACUCCGUGUAUUGAGUGAGAGAUCUGUGCUUUCUGAGUGCCGUGAGAUCAUAUGAUUUGUUUUUCGAAAAAUGGUGUUCGUCAGUCGAUCAUAAUGAAGAGUAAUGAGUGGAGUCGAUUUGCUGAGUCCACGGUAAAAUGCUCCUCUGGAAAGACUCCAAUAGCAGCUCAGUCAUAAAGGUUCUGUGAAGCGCCGCCUGCGCCAGCGCCGAGCCGGGAAGACAGCUGCACACAUUUCGUUCAUUUAACAAUUAUGUAAAUAGCAACUUCAAGGGAGCUAGAUCUUCUGCUGAAGCCUUGGACAUGAUGUUCACUUAGAGCCGCGUCUCAGUUCGUGAUCCCUGCUGCAGUGAAGACAUGUUGUGAACUGUCCACAUGAAAUAGACUUGAUUGCUUUAACGCUAAAUACAUUUAAAUAAUAGAAUCAGUUACUUUAGCUGCUGAAAGUAUGUGUGUAAAAUACAGUUAAAAAAUAAAAAUAUAAAGAAAUUUCAACGAUAUUUUGCUCUCUUUGCGUUUCAAAUCGGUGUUGGGUGUAAGCGCAUGACCUUUCGACAUGACUGACAUGUCUCCGCACCUCAAUAUCUUACUCCUGGUGUCCCCGCAGAAGGCCUUGGAUCCCCCGAGGCCCUCCCGAAUGCGCGCCAACGCCCCAGAACUGCCUCGGCCCACAGAGUCUUCCGAGCGAGCGAUCUCGACAGAGACAAAUGUCGACGGGGGCACAGUCACGGGAUCCUGGGGCAAGAGCCUUGGAUGGGCCGCUCCCGAGGGCCAAGGACCCAUCACUUAUGGGCACGCGAUGCCAAGGGCGGAACGACCACGGCAGUGGGGAGAGGAUUUUGGGGAAGCGUCCCCCCCAGGGCUGGCACUGAGGGAGAGGCAAGUCGUUGGCCCCGAGAGCCCGGGCUUCUCGCCGCCUCUGAUAGAAUUUUACUUUAAAAACAUCAAAAAGGUAAAAGGAACACUACCUUUUGUCAUAAUUAAAGUCAAACUAUAA